AUGAUGACCGUAUCUUUGAUCUGGGGGAUUGUGGUAGCAGUGUGCUGUUGUUUGUGGCUUAUUCUUGGAAUGAGGAGAAGACAGAUGGGUGAACCACCUCUGGAGAAUGGGUUGAUUCCGUACCUGGGAUGUGCUCUGCAAUUUGGGGCGAAUCCUCUUGAGUUCCUGAGAGCAAUUCAAAAGAAACAUGGUCCUGUUUUCACCUGCCGAUUGAUGGGAAACUAUGUCCACUUUCUCACGAAUCCCUUGUCAUAUCAGAAAGUGUUGUGCCAUGGAAAAUACUUGGAUUGGAAAAAGUUCCACUUCACUACUUCUGCAAAGGUAUUUGGGCACAGAAGCAUUGACCCAAGUGACGGAAAUACCACUGAAAACAUAAACAAAACUUUCAUCAAAACCCUGCAGGGCGAUGCCUUGAAUUCCCUCACAGAAGCCAUGAUGGAGAACCUCCAACUUGUCAUGAGACGUCCACUGGUAGCUAAGUCAAACACGCCUGCCUGGGUGACAGAAGGGAUGUAUUCCUUCUGCUACCGAGUGAUGUUUGAAGCUGGGUAUUUAACCCUCUUUGGCAAAGAUCUUACAGGGCAAGAUGCACAAAAAGCACUUAUUCUAAAUAACCUUGACCACUUCAAGCAGUUUGACAAAAUCUUUCCGGCUCUGGUAGCAGGCCUCCCCAUUCAUGUGUUCAAGACCGCGCACCAUGCUCGGGAAAAACUGGCAGAGGGCUUGCGACACGAGAACCUCGGAAAGAGAGACCACAUCUCAGAACUGGUCAGGUUUCUGAAUGAUAUGCUUUACACCUUAGAUGACAUGGAGAAGGCCAAGACACACCUCGCUGUCCUCUGGGCAUCACAAGCAAACACCAUUCCGGCGACUUUCUGGAGCUUAUUUCAAAUGAUUAGGAGCCCUGAAGCACUGAAAGCAGCCACUGAAGAAGUGAAAAGGACCCUAGAGAAUGCUGGCCAAAAAAUCAGCUUUGAAGGCAGUCCUAUUUGUCUGAAUCAAAGGCAACUGAAUGAGACACCAGUGCUAGAUAGUAUCAUCAAGGAGUCUCUGAGGCUUUCCAGUGCCUCCCUGAACAUCCGGACGGCUAAAGAGGAUUUCACUUUGCACCUCCAGGACGGUUCCUAUAACAUCCGCAAAGAUGACAUCAUAGCUCUUUAUCCGCAGUUGAUGCAUUUAGAUCCAGAAAUCUACCCAGACCCUUUGACUUUUAAAUACGAUCGAUAUCUUGAUGAAAAUGGGAAGACGAAGACCACCUUCUACAGCAACGGAAUCAAGUUGAAGUAUUACUACAUGCCCUUUGGGUCAGGAGCGACCAUAUGUCCGGGAAGACUAUUUGCUGUGCAGGAAAUCAAACAGUUUUUGAUUCUGAUGCUUUCCUAUUUUGAACUAGAGCUUGUGGACAGUCAUGUUAAAUGUCCCCCUCUGGACCAGUCCCGCGCAGGCUUGGGCGUUUUGCCGCCACUAAAUGAUAUCGAGUUUAAGUAUAAAUUCAAACAUUUGUGA